AUCUCCAAUGUAUCUCUUUUGUCUGUUUACAUUACUGUAAAUUGCUUCGAAAGAGUGGUUCAGAUGGGCUCCAUUGUGCGUUUUUUCAGGCCACAUCUACAGUAUUUGGGACACAUGUACCUAUUAAUUAACGUUACAAACGCGUUUCUUAUCAUUUAAAUCCAGUAUUUUUUAAAUUAAUUUUUAGGCUAAUACCCUCUGCAGGGUAACAAAUUAUAAAUUUUACUCGAAGUGAACGACUACGACCGAGCAACCCUGCUAGCGCUCACAACGAACGGAUUACGAUGACGACUACCGCCUUGGACCCAAGUCUCAAGAACCGUUUGACUAGGUACCUUCACACUGGGUGCGAGGUACCAAAGUACUACCCAGGAUGUUGGAUGUCCCACAAGUACUUUGAGGCUGACAAGCUGAAGGCAAUUGAAGAAGCACUCCAAAGAGGCGUCAACCACAACGAAAUCAUUGAUAUAAUUGUGAAGGCCUACAAAGAUGGGUGGUAUACCAGGUUUGAGACAAUUGCUUUUGCUCUCAUCAAAUGUCUGAUGGUUGGUACUCCAGCAGUGAAGGAAGCUGUGUACAAGGCAGCAUCGGAAGUGUGUGUGACUACCGAGGAAAUGUUACUCUUCAACAAGUUCACAAGGCUCAUGCAUACUGGUAACGGCCAUGGGUGGUGCAAACAUGUUAGGGAGUGGUAUCUGUCUAAAGAUGCUAUGGUGCUGGCUUUAGAGAUGUCUAGAGUACGAAGCAGACAUGGACGCUCACACAAGACAUUGCUACGAAAAUCCCAUGUGAAGAUUCCUGAAAAUGAUCAUGAACGGGAUGCAGUUUUCAAAUAUGCAAUAUUCGGUCUUAAACGUGCCAAGCAAUUGUUGAGCAAACACGAAGAGACAAAACCAAUCUUUGAGUAUUUACAAAAAGUGGAAGAUCUCCGUGUGUGCGAGUGUGCAAUCACAGCAGCUAGUAGUAUAGAGCAAAACAAAUUCACACUGGAUCAUGUCCCAGGGCAUUUUUUGACUUCUCAAGAUGUAUGGAAUGCAGUCCUACCGCAGAUGCCAUUGAAGGAGAUUCUCUACAAUAUUCAGCGCAUUCACAACAUGGGUUUCCUUACGGAUGACUCAAUGACUACAUCCAUCCUCCUAUCCCUGCUCACCAAUUCCGAUGUGAUCAAAAGCAGCAAAGUCACUCCGAUCGAAGUUUACAUUACGUUAUGCAACUACAAGAAAAAGUCCAGGCCAAUGAAGUACGAGAAAGCGAAGGUAGCGCACGAGAAGCAGAUGCGGCGGCGCGUCCGCCAGAUAUACGACCCCAAGACAGACCAGUGGGAGUGGAACGUCACCCGGCGACAUCCUAAAGAAGUUAAAAACUGGGGUAUCGACCGCCCGCCAAACCCUGAAGUCUUAGUUGCUCUUAACAAGCUGAUUGAUCAAACUUGGCUGUUGACUCCACCGACCAAGGCUCGCUAUUUGAUCACGUUGGAUAUGAGACACCAUAUGUUUAAGGGUCGUCACUUCUGCAAGAACUUACAAGUAGCGAGGAAGGGUAAGAAGACAACAGCCAAAAGCACACCCAGCGGCAGCGGGGAGCCCGAGGUAGAGAAGAAGGAGAGCAAGAAACACCUGCAUGCCGAGUGUUUCUACAACAAGCACGUCACUCCUGGACACGCUGCAAUAAUCCUGGCUCUACAAAUUCUGAAACGAGAGCACAACGCCAAAGUAGCGGUGUUCACGGAUGAGGGCAUUCAGAUGGUCACCAUCGAGCGCAACUUCAGCAAUAUUGAGGAAGCUGAGUUUGUGUUGCGGAAAGCCAACCUCGGCCGCGUGCAACUGGACGCUCCCAUCAGAUGGGCGACGGAGAGCAAGCAGAAGUUCGACGUGUUCAUCAACAUGAUCGACCGUCCGUCCCGCUACAUGGAGCUGGACGUCGAGGACCGCGGGGGCCGGGGGCCGGGGGGCCGGUUCGGACCGCCGCCUCCAGAGGAUAUUGUCGACCAUUGCCCAGUUAGGGCCCUACAGAAGUAUAGGACCAAGGGUGUGCGGGAUGCUAAGUUAAUCGUGCUGUCUCUGGCAACGCACAACUCGGCCACGACUGACGGCAGCCACGAGGGAGUUUUGGACAUAGUCGGCGUCGAUGAGCACGUACCCAAACUUAUGGACGCGUUCGUGCUUGGACAAUUCAAAUAAACAUCAUCAGUCAUUAGCACACUGACUUCGCGAAACAGCGGUGGAAACACGACAAAGCGAGAUGUACCAUCGAAGAAAUUGAUUAAUAGGCAGUUGACGG